UUCUCGGAUCCUCUUGAUGGGACCCCGCUGCUUUCAAGUUGGCAUUUUUUUUGGCUCCAGAAAUGUGGUCCCUCAGACUUGCUCAACACUUAGGCUGCCGUCCGGAGCUACGGGCUGAAUGUGGAUGGUUGUCCUGCGGAGCGGAAGAGCAAUAUUUGAUCUCGGGGAUGAUGAUAGAGCUCUUGACAGAUUAAGGAUCGGCUGCAUUUCCCUGGAUGGUAAAAAGAAGACCGUGUCACCAUAACGAGGGGUCAAUACGAGAGCUGACCGAGGCUGCAUCGGACACAAGAUAUCUCGCUGAAACAGAAAGUCACCCCAACACUGGGCUGGAAACAUUAUGAACAAUGGUUCACUGUGCCGGCUGCGAGAGGCCUAUUGUUGAUAGGUUCUUACUCAAAGUUUUGGACAGACCUUGGCACAUCAAGUGUGUGCAAUGCUGUGAAUGCAAAUGCAAUUUGACAGAGAAGUGUUUUUCCCGAGAAGGGAGGCUGUAUUGUAAAAAUGACUUCUUUAGGAGAUUUGGUACAAAGUGUGGAGGCUGCAGCCAGGGCAUCUCCCCCAACGACCUUGUUCGGAGAGCAAGGAGCAAAGUGUUUCACCUGAACUGUUUUACGUGUGUGAUGUGUAACAAACAGCUGUCGACCGGGGAGGAACUGUACAUCUUGGACGAGUUCAAGUUUAUUUGUAAAGAGGACUACCAGAACAACAAUGGGAAGGACACGAUCCUUCUCUCAGUCACGACAUGCAGCGACCCAAGUUUGUCCCCAGAUUCUCAAGACCCCCAGGAUGACGGCAAAGACUCCGAGACGGGCCAUUUAUCCGACAAAGAGACGUGCAACAACGAGAACGACGAGCAGAGCGUGGCGGGGAAGCGGCGCGGCCCGCGGACCACCAUCAAAGCCAAGCAGCUCGAGACGCUGAAAGCCGCUUUCGCGGCUACGCCGAAGCCGACCAGACACAUCCGCGAGCAACUGGCGCAGGAGACGGGGCUGAACAUGCGGGUGAUCCAGGUGUGGUUUCAGAACCGGAGGUCUAAAGAGAGGCGGAUGAAGCAGCUGAGCGCGCUGGGAGCCAGGCGGCACGCGUUCUUCCGCACUCCCAGAAGAAUGCGGUCGCUAGGAGACCGGCUGGAACCGGGCGAACUGCUGCCCAACGGCCACUUCUCCUACUACGGAGAUUAUCCAAAUGAAUAUUAUGGUUCUGGAGGAAACUACGAGUACUUCCAAGGUCCUCCGUCGUCCCAGGCACAGACACCAGCAGAUCUAGGCUUUGUGCCCUCCUCUGUCCCGACUGGCACCCCAUUAGGGGCCAUAGACCAUCUCCAUCCUGGGCACCACUGUUCUGGAGAGGUGCAGUGUUUCUCAGACAUUAUAUCCCACCAUCCAGCAGACUCCCCUAGUCCAGAACCAAAUGGACCAGGAUCGAUGCACAGCAUCUCCAGUGAGAUGUGUGGCCCUAGCACACCGUUCACCAACCUAGCUCUCAGUGACAAUGGAUACACCAACCAGCUGUCACAGCCUUCUUCAGAAAUGAGCGAAGGCACUGUCUGGUAGGCGAGCCAACACCGAACAUGAUGGCACGGUUGGAAUUUGAAGGCAAAUCAAUACUUCUAUGUUUGUCGUGAAUUUUAUUUAUUUAUUUAAGUAUUUAUGUAUUUAUUAUAUUAUUUCAUUCUCUCUCUCUCUAUCUAUCUAUCUAUCUAUCUAUCUGAGUCUUUAAAAUUGUUUGUUUGUUUAUAUACCAAUUAGUCCACAUGUUAAAAUACUUGUGAAUUUGCAUCGUCUCCAAAAGAUGGGCCUUAUUGACCAAGCAAUAUACAAACAAAUCAGCAGGCUACAGAGAGCAAUUUCUAAUAUUGUACAUAAAAACAAGUGUUACCAAUUGGACGGUGAUGGUUCUUUAAAAAUGUUGACGUGAGAAUUUGUCGCCCUGUAUCUUAGCCUCAUUGAAAAUUCCCCCAAAGUGA